GCCAGGAAGGCGAACCGCAGCACCCGAUCUGCUCGGGUUCCACUCGUCGCGCGCGCUAACGAUCCGAGAGACCGCGGGGUCCCGGCUCUCCGCACGCCGCCAUCGAGCGCCAAUAAGCGGGCGCAGAGUGGGAGGGGUCGGGCGAGAAGGGGGGGGCUCGUCCGUUCCCCGGACGGGCGGGCGGGCGAUGGUGACCCUCCCGGCGGGCCGCUGAGUGACGACGCUCGGCUCCCCGCCUUCAGGCGCCCCAUGCAGGACGCGCGCCGUGGCGUGCUGGGCGCGCCCCCGGCCGCCGGGGGCCAGGCCACCACGCCGGUCUCCUCUACCUCCUCCUCCUCGCACUCCAAAUCGCUGGCCUUCUCAAUCGAGCGGAUCAUGGCCCGGACGCCCGAACCCAAGGCGGUGCCUUUGCCCGGAUGGUUCCGCCCGGCGGCGGCGCCGGCGUCUGGGUUGCCCGACGUGUGUCCGUCCUCGCUGCACUGUAUGAUUCCGCUGGUUCCGCUCGGUUACGCGGACGCGACUGCCCAGCACCGGCUCGCCCUGCACGGCGGCCUGGACUCAAUAGCGGCGGCGGACGUCCCACCCGCGACGGCGACGGACCUUCUCGGGUUCGGACUCAAUGAACCUGCCCGAAACCAGUCGGACGGCGGUCGCUACAAACUGUUCCGGCCCCGCGUUGUCACUCAGUCGUCGUUCCCAUCCAGAGGCACCGUGUGCUACCUGAACUGCGGGAGCGGAGCCGGUGGCGGAGCCGGUUCCGGGGACGCCGCUUCGGCUGGGCUCCUUAACCUGCACCCAAUGGCAUCCUAUCUGCUGGCCGGCAGGCACAAGCCGGGGCCGUUGCCCUACCAAGCAACGCAGAACCAACUGCAGAACCUGAUUAAGGAGCGAGACUUUGGGGAGAAGCUUCUCAAGAACUCCACCUCCUCCGCAGCCGUGGCGGCGGCCGCGGCGGCGGCGGCAGCGGCGGCGGCGAGACUUGGAGGAAGCAAACCCAAAGUGUUCACCUGCGAAGUCUGCGGAAAAGUGUUCAACGCGCACUACAACCUGACCCGCCACAUGCCUGUGCACACGGGGGCGCGCCCGUUCGUCUGCAAAGUCUGCGGAAAAGGCUUCAGGCAGGCCAGCACGCUCUGCAGACAUAAGAUCAUACACACUCAGGAAAAGCCUCACAAAUGCAGCCAAUGCGGCAAAGCAUUCAACCGCAGUUCUACGCUAAACACACACACGCGCAUCCAUGCCGGCUAUAAACCUUUCGUGUGCGAGUUCUGCGGGAAAGGAUUUCACCAGAAAGGAAACUACAAGAACCACAAGCUGACGCACAGUGGCGAGAAACAGUUCAAGUGUUCCAUCUGCAGCAAAGCCUUCCAUCAAGUGUACAACCUCACCUUCCACAUGCACACACACAACGACAAGAAACCCUUCACCUGCGCCACUUGCGGCAAAGGAUUCUGCCGGAACUUUGACCUCAAGAAACACGUCAGGAAGCUGCAUGACCAUGCCGCCGCCGUUGCUCCCUCACGGACUGCCACGCCGCCACCCAUCAGUUUGCAGCACCCGUGAGGCCCUCAUCCGUCGAGGCUUCCUUCUCAACUCCUUUUCAACUGGCAAAAAAAAGAAAAACCCUAAAGUCUUGCGUUCCGCCUCAAGGUGUUUGACCAAACAAAAAUUAGAAAAUGAAAGAUAACAUCAUUACAUUAUUUUCAGCACUUGACAAUUGUCCCAUAUACAGUACAACAUUUAUCAUUUUACCUCUGCAUUAAGGAAGUAUUCCAUUAAUCAUUUUAGCCAUAAUCUUCUAAUUAUUAAUAAUGGUCUCUUUGCACAAACACUCCCCUUCUGUCCAAAAGCUGCUUGGUCAUAUAGUUCCUUAUCCCCUGUUCACAAGACUCGCACAGAGUAACCAACGAAGUCGUUCAUCGUCUUUGAAAAUCCUUGUCUCGAGCACCAUGCAUCAAUUUAGAGAAGGUUUUUAAUAUGUACGCGUCCUCCUGGUACAUUAUAGUUGCUUUAUUCAUUGCACGCUGGCCAUGGUUAGCACUGCCCCGUUUUUAUAUCAAGGGUUCAAUCCUGACCUUCCUGUGUGGAGUUUUCAUGUUCUCGACGUUCUUGCGUAGGUUUUCUCCGGGUACUUUGGUUUUCACCCAUACUGAUUGAACACUCUAAAGUCUCCCAUACUUUAUUCUCGAAAAGUACUACUUGGCAGCGGUGAAAGGGAAACAGUAAAAGCAAAAAUCCUUAGCAGAUAUGACAUCAUGGCAUUCUGUAUAAAGAGUCCAUUGCCAAAUUUGUUUAUCAUUCAUUCAUUUUUCCCUAGUAUUAACUGGUAUUUCUGUCAAUCUUGGCAUUCCAUGAAAAACAAGUUUCAUUGUCAAUUUUCAAUUGCUAGUUGAAAAGGGAAAGAAUAAUUAAGACUUGGAUUAACCAUGCCCGCUUCCUGAUGUUUUUUUUUUUUAACUAACCGGUAUAUGACCUUCACUACGCUUUCAAUCAGAACUUUUUUGUAAGGAGACAUCUUUGAACUUGAUUGACUGGCUAACCCAAAAAAUAUUAGCAAAAAGGUGCACUGGUUGGAAUUCAUGGACUUUCUGGAUUUCCUUACCAGCCCUAUGGAGCGCAUGGGUCUGAAACAUUCUUGGACUUAUCAAAUGUACAGCAUCCCUCGAAAAGGUGUUAUUUCAGUCUGCAAAAAUCCCUUUAGAUCUACAUUUAAAUUCCUACUUCCUUCCUGAUCGAUUUGAAAGACCAGAUACCUAAAUUUUUUACAAACAUACCACUGAUUUGAGUCGUUACUAUAUGGUUGUAGUUCGGGUAUUUUUAGUUCGUAGAACUCAAAAAGAUACAAUUACUGUAUGAUAUGCUUAGAGACAGAGAACAUACAUGAAAGGUUCCUCGGCCUCUGAAAAGUCCCAUACCUCUACUCUGACAGUGUCUUUUUUUGAUAUCCAUUAAUUAUACCUUAACUAAAAUUUCGCACUAAAAUUUCCUCCCCAAAAAAAUUUGUAAUUCUCUUUUCCGAUUGACAAAUGCUGGUAAUUCCAGGAAUAUUUGGAUCUUGUAUGUGCUUGUACUUUCUUGAACACAAAAUUUCUAACAGGAGUUACAGCUUCAACUCCAAAUGUACUAGCCAACCCUCCUUGGUAAGGUUUUCUUUUAUGAUCUAAAUAUUACCCCAGAACAAAAGGUCCCUUCAGUGGAAAAGCGGGACAAGAUAUACUGUACGUGGUGAUAAGCACUGCUGUAAGAUUGUUUUUUUAAAGGCCUAAAAUAAUUCCAGCUUUUUCAUGAUCGGUGAAUAGAUGACAGAUGUUCUAGUGGUAUUAAUUAUUUCUCUAGUUCCUAAACGGUUCUUGCUACACAAAGUAUACGUAUGUUCAAUACUGCUGACACCAUCCCAAAGGUUCAUGGACCUCUAAAGAGUACUGCGCCCCUAGCACGAGCGUCCUACGGCCUGUAGUACCCACCCCAGAAGUUUCAGGGUAAAAACCUUGCUAUGGAAAUUCACUAAAAAAUUGAAAUGGUGUUUUUUUUACUGGUGGACUUGAUUGACAGACAUAGAUUGCCUUCUGAUUGCACUGAGAGCAAAUUGUGGACAAAAAUGCUAAUAUAUAAAGGAACAUGUUUAAGAAAUUCCUUGUCCUGCUGCCUUUUGCAAAGCUGCACUUCCACCUACAAUUCCCAGAUCAUUUUUGUUCCAUGUACUUGCAUCCAUUGGUCCAAACAGCAUCUCCGUCCUUUAUCCCGCGUGCAACUGCACUGUUUGAUUCUGUUUUGUUUGAACUGUUAAUAUAAUAAAUGUCGUUGUUGUUGUUCCCAAAGACGAAUCCAGUUUUGAUUGGCUAUUACUUGUGAUUUUGAAGCCCCCUUAAUGCCCUAAACUGAAAUUUACUUUACUUACAAAAAAUAUUUGUGAUUGCUAGAUGUCAGGGGUCCUCAAAUACAAAUCUUGAAGGUCCACAAUUGUUUUUUUCAUAUAAGCGUGGGUCCAUUUAUUAAUGUUGUGUCAAGCACAAGGCAGGUCGAAGGUGGUAAAGGUGGUUUUCUUUUGACCAAACAAAAAUAAAAUCACAUUCUGAUUAAAUAAAAAUAAAUUGACAAAACAUUUUGACUUAAAAUAAAUAUUUAAAAAAACAUGCAAGUACAAUAUUUACACUUGUACAUUAAAUAAUUGACAAGAUCCGUCAUUAAGGUGCAUAUAAAAUAAUUAUUGACCCUAACUUUAACUGUAAAACACUGCUCAAUGAGAGAAAUGGUACUUGGGGGUCACAAAGCUGUUUACUUACAUCAUCAGACAGUACUUCAGUGAGUCUUGUGGUUGAUGAAUCUGGGAGUGAGAUUUGAUUUUUGUUGUCGUUUCCUCCUUUUCCUUUGAACGUUGCUGCUAUUACUGCUAUGCACUCUUUUAUUAUUUCUCCAUCAGAGAACGGCUUCUUAUGUUUCACCAACACUCACGACACUCUGAGAGAGCACUCCGUUGGAAUUUGUUGUUGUGUCAUAGAUUUAACAAUAACCUUGCUUGACUCUUGAUAUGACUGCUCCAACCUGUUAAUUUCUUGCCUUCUCACUUCUGAUUUGGGAAGAACCUUCUCUUCAAAAAGCUGUGCUCUUUAACAUAAUGGCGUUUCACAUUUUCACUUUAACAGUACAAUUGUCUUUAAGCAUAUUAGGCACAUAGGUUUGGUGCUUGCAGUUGGUAAAAUGGAUGCAUAGUUGUCCGUUCAUUCCUCAUUGAAACGGCAAUUUUCGUUGACUACUUUUCUUCUCUUGCUCAACUUUGAGCAUGACAUUUUGUUAGAUUCGGUCUUCCACGGGUGGCAUUUAUACAAACACAUUGCAAAGUGCCGGGCGCGACUCGUGUUUGACACUGCUGCGGUCGGUCCACUCUACGCAUCCACGCACGCUCUCUCAGCCAAUCAGCGCAUCCAUGCUCACUCUCUCAGCCAAUCAGCGCAUCGUUGUCAUGGAGAUAACAACAGAAGUCGGAACAUGGAAGAUAUUUGACUAAUAAUGAAACAGAAUGUAGCGUAUAGCGAUAGAUUGGCGGUUCAUACAAAUAAUAUAUGUUAAAACAAACUAUUUUUUUUCUUU